AUGGCACCACAGAAUGAGAGAAGUUCUCUUAAGCGCGGAAGGAUCAGUAAGGAGAAUGAUUCAAAGUAUCCCAAGAAAGUGCGACGGUCUGAAAACGAAGCCUUGCCAUCACAGCCAAUCACCUCUCAGUCAUACCUACCUACGCCUAUAGUCCAGCAAGAGUUAACCACAAUGAGCGACGACAAAGAACCAGCUACUACCGACGACAACUUAAAAUUGGCCCAACAGCGUACUCCCCUGAGUACCAGAAGCUAUCAAGCGAGUCCAUCUCCACCUCACGAUACGCAAGCACUUUCUCAGUUUGUUUACCCUCCCAGGGCAUUUGCGGAUGAAGUCGACGACGAAGCUGCGGAGGGGGUAUGGGGCUACUUGAUUCCGCUUGAUGAUAAGGUUACAGCUGCUCUGGUUCUGCGCAAACGAAAUGGAUGUGAAAGCCGUAAAUCUGAGUCCCACGGAGGCAAAUCAGGAAAAGAAGAACAUCGCAAGCACCCAGAGUCAACGAACAAACAGGGCUCUUCGCAGAGGCCAGGAGGCUACUUGAUAGGUCGCCAUCGCGAGUGCGAUCUUCUUCUAAACAUCCCGACCGUGUCCAACCGCCAUUUUCUAUUGUUCCCGGAGAGUAAGAAAGGCGAUUCAAUUGCUAUCCUUGAGGAUCUGUCUAGCAACGGAACAUUUGUCAAUGAUGCUAUUGUCGGACGUAACAAACACAGAGAGCUCGAAGAUGGCGACGAGAUCACAAUCCUGGACCAAGCACGCUUUGUUUUCAGGUAUCCUCGGACAAGGGACACAAAUCGCUUCCGUCAGCAAUAUAGGAUUCUUCAACAACUUGGGAAAGGUCACUUCGCCACGGUGUAUCUUUGUGUGGAACGAGCUACGGGUACUCAUUAUGCUGUUAAGGUGUUCGAAAAGCGCUCCAAUGAUUCUCAAAAAUCACAGACCGAUGCACUGCAACAAGAGAUAGGGCUUCUGAUGGGAGUUAGCCAUCCCAAUCUUUUAUGCCUCAAGGAUACCUUCGAUGAAAGCGAUGGCGUAUAUCUUGUUCUGGAGCUUGCCUCGGAAGGUGAACUUUUUAACCUGAUUGUCAACAAACAAAGGUUUUCAGAAACGGAGACUCGCCAAAUCUUCGUCCAGAUAUUUGAAGGUCUGAAGUACCUGCAUGAUCGUGGCAUUGUCCAUCGAGAUAUUAAACCCGAAAAUAUACUUGUUGCCGAUGAAAAGCUGACAGUAAAGCUUGGAGAUUUUGGACUGGCCAAGAUAAUUGGUGAAGAUUCAUUUACAACAACUCUGUAUACUCGCCGGCGGAAAUACACGAAAGCAGUUGACAUUUGGUCACUUGGGGUAGUUCUCUACAUAUGCCUCUGCGGAUUCCCCCCAUUUUCUGACGAACUCUAUACCUCGGAAAACCCUUAUACCUUAGCACAGCAGAUAAAAAUGGGCCGUUUUGAUUACCCAUCACCGUAUUGGGAUUCUGUGGGCGAUCCGGCUUUGGACUUGAUUGACAAAAUGCUCACAGUUGAUGUUGACAAGCGUAUAACCGUCGACGAAUGUUUAGAACACCCAUGGCUCACGCAGAGUUACCCCAGCCUCUCCGACAGUACGGAUGGUCUGACCGGCGCCCUGGGUAAAUUGGACUUUUCUAAGCGCAAGCUAGCACGUGAGAGAACGCUCCUCAGUCAUAUCAACGAUGCCAGCUUCAAUGAAUGCAAAGAGGGCAACGGUGCUUUUGUUCGAGUAUUUCACCAGAAAAACGCCGGAAAACGCGUUCAUAAUCACCCUGCCCGUGACACUACAUGUGGAGAGACUUUUGAUGACAACAGCGCGCCCCAAGACUUCAUCAACCUUGGAGAGCAGGGAGAUCCUAGCCCGUAUUCCGAUGCCGAGCUUUUUUCUCUCAGUCAUCAACUCGGCAUUCGCUGCCACUGUUUCCUCGCCCAUCCCUCACAUUGGUCCCCCAUGGGCUUUCUCGCCGCCAUAAUUGACAGCAUUUGGAAGCAUUCCACGGGCUCUUCAAGUCUGGUCAUCCUGGGAACAACCUUGCUAGCUCUGCCUGUCGUCUCCAUCGUACUCAAUGUCUUGGGGCAAUUGCUAUUUAAGAAUCCAAAGGAGCCGCCCGUAGUGUUUCACUGGGUGCCCUUCGUCGGCAGCACAAUCAGCUAUGGCAUGGAUCCAUACAAAUUCUUUUUCAAGUGCCGGGAGAAGUACGGUGAUAUUUUCACUUUUGUUCUCCUUGGCAAGAAGACUACCGUUUACCUUGGUACCCAGGGCAAUGAUUUCAUUCUCAAUGGCAAAUUAAGGGACGUAUGUGCUGAAGAGGUAUACUCCCCGCUUACGACCCCUGUUUUCGGGCGCAACGUCGUGUAUGACUGCCCAAACGCCAAAUUGAUGGAGCAGAAGAAGUUUGUCAAAUUCGGCCUCACAUCCGACGCCCUUCGUUCCUAUGUAUGUCUAAUAACAGCCGAAGUGGAGGAUUUCGUCCAACAUUCUCCGGCUUUUCAGGGGCCUAAAGGUGUCUUCGACGUCUGCAAAACAGUCGCUGAAAUAACCAUCUAUACGGCCUCGCGUUCUCUUCAGGGCAAGGAAGUUCGAAAGAGAUUUGACUCGACAUUUGCUGAGCUGUACCAUGACCUUGACAUGGGCUUUGCGCCCAUCAAUUUCAUGCUACCUUGGGCGCCUCUUCCUCAUAACCGAAAACGUGAUGCUGCACAGAGAAAAAUGACAGAAACAUAUAUGGAGAUCAUAAAGACGCGUCGCAAUGCUGGAACCGAGAAAGACUCUGAAGACAUGGUUUGGAAUUUAAUGUCUUGUGCAUACAAAGAUGGCACUCAAGUUCCCGACGAGGAGGUUGCGCACAUGAUGAUUGCUCUUCUCAUGGCUGGUCAACAUUCUUCGGCAUCUACAGCUUCUUGGAUUGUCCUUCACCUUGCAGCAAAUCCAGAUAUCAUGGAUGAACUGUUCGCUGAACAACUCCGUGUUCUUGGCUCUGAUUUGCCACUGACAUAUGAAAACCUGCAGAAGUUGGAUCUUCAUGCUAAAGUGAUCAAGGAAACAUUACGUAUACAUGCACCAAUUCACUCGAUCAUCCGUGCGGUGAAAAAUCCAAUGCCUGUGGAUGGUACACCAUAUGUAAUCCCUACCUCUCACAAUGUUCUUUCGUCGCCUGGUGUAACGGCAAGGUCAGAAGAAUAUUUCACCAACCCACUCAAGUGGGAUCCUCACCGUUGGGAUGAGGAUAUUGCGUCUAAUGCAGAAGAUGAGGAGAAGGUUGAUUAUGGGUACGGACUUGUUAACAAAGGCACGAACAGCCCUUAUCUCCCAUUUGGUGCUGGGCGGCACAGGUGCAUUGGUGAACAAUUCGCCUAUGUGCAACUUGGUGCCAUAACAGCGGCUCUGGUAAGGUUGUUCAAGUUCCGCAACCUACCGGAUGUCAAGGAUAUUCCUCAAACAGAUUAUUCAUCUCUUUUCUCGAAACCUGCUGGGCAAUCGUUCAUUCAGUUCGAAAAGCGCGUCCCUGCAAGCAAAUAA